AUGCCUCGUGCUCUUGCAAAGGUCGGCAACCGUGUCGUCGCGGAAACCGAGUCGUGGGAAACUGUUGAAGGAAACAUUUACUUCCCACCUGCCGCUAUCAAGGACCAGAGCCUUCUUCAGCCCUCGGGUCUCUCGACCUUUUGCCCUUGGAAAGGGCAUGCGUCGUACUGGCAUGUGGCUGUCGAUGGGGAAAUAAUCGAAAAUGCGGCCUGGUAUUACAAGGAGCCGUACGAGAAGGCAAAGCAUAUCAAGGAUCACAUUGCUUUUUAUAGGAAUAAAGUUGAUAUAGUGGAGGAGUAGGAGAUGCCAGAGUUGAAUGAAAAAAAACAUCAUUAGUAUUUCUGGGUGCAGAACAUCCAAUAUAUUAUUAGGGAGAUGAAGUUUAGGCUCGCGUUCCUCUCUUGACUCGUUUCAUUAUCAUUAUACUACAUUGAAGUAUUCGUAAAUAGUCAUGCAAGCCAACAACCAAUCCACCCUUGGCUAC